AUGUACGAAUGUGGCACCUGUGACUUUGAGUUCCGCUACCGCGAGGACUGCGAUGCUCACAUGGACGAAUACGGCCAUUGGGUUGAAUGUGAGACCUGCCCUCGACAAUUUCGGACUGAGCGUAGCUGCGAGCAGCACAUGGAUGCGCUUGAUCACUGGGCACCAGUCUUUGAAUGCGAAACCUGCGGCCGUACCUUCUCUUCGCAGGCUGCUGCCAAUCAGCAUAUGAAUGCCAAGAACCAUUGGGAGCCAAAAAUUGCUUGCGAAACAUGUUCCCAGAUGUUCCACACCCAUGAAGCUGCCGACCAGCACAUGGAGGCCAAAGGGCACUAUGAGAACUACUGUGCCGAGUGCGAUCGGCACUUCAUGAAUGAGAACUGUCUUCACCAGCACUUGAACUCGAAGAUUCAUCGAGGCACUGAGAUCGUGUGCCCAUUUUGCAACGCUCACUUUGUCACCGCGAGUGGCGUCACCCAUCACAUCGAAUAUGGUACCUGCCCCAGUGCUCCCCAGUGGAACCGAGAGACAAUCCACCAAGUGGUCCAACGCCUUGACCGUAACGGACUUGUCACAAACAAGCAGAUUGAAUGGCACAAUGACCAGAACGUACGCUACUAUGCCACGGACUGCGCUUUUGAUGGUACAAGCUGGGUGUGCUACCUGUGCCAGAGGGGCUUCAACUCGAUGACCGGUCUAAACUCUCAUCUCAACUCGCCAUUCCACAGAGAGAAGAUCUAUCAUUGCCUCAACACGCGUGGUUGCAACAAAGAGUUUACCUCUCUUGGUGCUUUGUUCAAUCAUUUGGAGAGUGAGUCGUGCGGAUACAUCCGGUUUGGGGACGUCCAAAGAGUCCAUGGACGACUGAAUGACGCUAUUCUUAAACGUAAGGUGAUCACUUCGCUCUGA